UUUCCUAAAGGUGUGGACCCUGCAAGCACAUCUCGGCAGGGACUGAGCUGGCUCAGUAAAACAAAUGAUAAACGAAAAAAUAUGCGACUGUUUUGAAAGAAAGUUUCAUCAUAUCCAGAUGUCAGUGUUGGCCAGUCAGUGUUUCGAUGGGACGGUCAGCGCUGGAUAACGCGCGUCACGUUUCUCCUCGACCUCCGGGAGCCGCUCACUUUCAGUUUGCGCUCUGCAACUUCGCAAGUGUCUGUCCGCUCGUCCGCCGGCGUGAACAGAAAUACAGACCCUACGGAUGCUUUCGCGUAAACCGUGCUCGGUGUUCGCCCGGAUCCUCGUUUAAAUGAGGGGAACAAGAGAUUUGUGGGGUUCGUCGCCGCGCUUGCUGUUUGGAGAUACGGAGAACAUCACUUCUGUCUCUGGCAUUAUGAAUGUCUCUGUUACUAAAUGACCUGUGGGAACACUAUCAUAUGGAUGUUUUUGGAGACCCCAAAGAAGAUUAAUCAUUGCGUGACCUUCAGAGAUGGAAGUGAAUGUUUCAUACUGCUAAAAAAAAACCUUGACCCACCUGAAACCACUCCAUGGUGAUCGUUUUAUGAGGAUUAAUGGCAUGUUUUCUUGUGGGCACAACUUUGACCUCUGAGCUCUCCUAGAGGUUAAAACACUAAACAUGAAAUGUGGUAGAGACAUGUGACACAUCAGGCCCACCAUGCUAGACCGUAGUGGGCAACAGUGUUACAGUCACGAUACAAUACAUGAAAGCUAAAAGGAAACCUCUUGACUUGCUAAUCUUACUUUUAAACAUGGCUUGAGUUGGGACCGUAGAAGCCUCAGCCAAUUUCGAUGAUUAUAGAAGUCUCUGAGGAAGUGAAGAGACCAUGUGUAACAUCUCAACCUCGUGCAAUGUUGACUCAAACAUAGACCAGUUCUUCCAGCCGGCGCUGUAUAUUAUCGUCAUCGUCCUUGGCUUCCCCACCAACUGCAUGGCCCUGUGGGCCGCAUACAUGCAGGUCAGACAGAAGAACGAGUUGGGGAUCUACUUGAUGAACCUCUCGGUGGCUGACCUCUUGUAUAUAGCCACUUUGCCGCUUUGGAUCGACUAUUUCCUCCACCAUGACAACUGGAUCCAUGGUCAAGUGUCCUGCAAGCUGUUUGGUUUCAUCUUCUACACCAACAUCUACGUCAGCAUCGCCUUCCUCUGCUGCAUAUCAGUGGAUCGUUACUUGGCAGUGGCUCAUCCCCUGAAAUUCGCUAAAGUCCGCAGGAUCAAAACAGCCUUGCUGGUCAGCGUUGUUGUGUGGGUAACAGAAAUAGUGGCCAACUCCGCACCUCUCUUCCACGAUGAGCUUUUCAAGGACCGCUUCAACCACACCUUCUGCUUCGAGAAGUAUCCAAUGCAGGAUUGGGUGGCCGGGAUGAACCUUUACCGCACUUUUCUCGGAUUCUUGGCGCCUUGGGGGGUGAUGCUGGCUGCGUACAGAGGCAUCCUGAGAGCCGUGCGCAGUAACGUUUCCACCGAGCGCCAAGAAAAGGCCAAAAUCAAGAGGCUGGCCCUCAGUUUGAUCCUAAUCGUCCUCCUCUGCUUCGCUCCCUACCACGUGCUCCUGUUGUGGCGCAGCAUGCUCUUCCUCAGCAACCCCUGCGAUUGCCGUGCCGAGGAGAACUUGUUCGGCGCUUAUCAUGUGACUCUAGCACUCACCAGCCUCAACUGCGUGGCGGACCCCAUCCUCUACUGCUUUGUCAAUGAAGGAGCCCGUAAUGACGUAGGCCGGGCCCUGGCCACUCUCUUCGGCCUCUUCCAGCGGGGCCAAAGCCCAGAGGCCCUCAUGGGAGCAUCCAUCACCAUUGAGACGCCUCUGGCUAUGAAGAAGCCCGAUUUCUACAGUGAGGUCAAAACAAAUGCCUAUAAAACUGAUAUUGAAGUGCUCAAAGACGAGUGCCUUCAAAUGACCAUUCUCAGUGUUAAAAAGUGAAGUUAUAUGUCGAUGUAACAUACAGCGGCCCCAUAAAGUGUACACUUAAAACAGAAUUUUUAUUGAAAUUAGCUACAUUUCAAGUGGCAUCUGAAAAUGCUGCUGAGGCUUUUCCUAAAAUGAUUUCUGUGUCUUUUAAAGCCCAAAGUAGACUUUGUUAUUGACACAAACGCUUACGAACACAGGCCCUCAACAUAAGCGCAUUGUGGCGAUUCGUACUUGUCCAGUUUCUACAUUGUUUCUCUCCUGAGGUUAUGACUUAUAUAUUUGUCUUUGUACUUAUCUAAAUUAGAGUUGCAUGCAUCUCUUAACCACGUCACACAAGUGCUUGUCAACGAGAGUGUCUGCUGUUGCUGUUGUUUCAGUUUUUCAGUUUGUUUCUAAUUUACUGUUAAACAUUGGGCUGGGGCAGUGUCGCCACCUUAUGGACAAGCUAAUUACUGCAAAAGAAAAUUAUAUGCAAGUGCAAGCUGCACACAUAUGUAUUAUGAUGAUGAUGAAGUUAUGUAUAACAUUGAUUUUUAGUAGUUGUGUGAAGUUCUCCCAUUAACAUUUAGCAAGCAAAAAGUCUAAAUACUUUUUUAUCUUAAUUUUAAACAAUUUUUUUAUUAUUUACAAGUUAGUCCCCUACCCCUAAAAGAAAAAAAAGGAAAAACGUUUUUUUUUUUUGUCUUUAAUACUGUGUCUAUAUAAUCAAUGCCACUUGGUUUGAUUUUUUUUGUUCAAUGCAAUAACAUUCAGCAUUUAAUGUGGCUUAAAGGGAUAGUUCAGAUCAACAAUUCUGUCAUCAUUUACUCACUGUCAUGUUGUUCCAAACCUUUCUUAGCAGGACACAAAAGAAGAUAUUAUUUACAAUGUCUAUGUUUUGCUCUUGUCCAUAAACUGAAUGUGAAUGAGAUCUGCGUUAUUUUGGACCCCACUGACUUUCGUUACAAAAGCUAGAUUUCAUGGGCAAAAUGUAAACAAUCGAAACAUUCCAUACACUUUUGUGUCGCAUUAAUGAAAACACGUUUGGGACAGCAUAAUAAUGAUUAAAUAAUGACAGAAUUUUACAUUUUAAGUGAACAAAGUGUAAUUACUUUUUGGGGCCGCUGUAUAAGGUCUUUCUGACGAUAACUAUACCAAUACCUAUGUGUACCUCAAGUUCUACCCAGAAACACUGUCUAUGAUAAGAUCUUUAACUCGGAGAUGAGGAUUAAUCAAUGUCAGCAAAAUGCUGAUAUCAAAAAAAUCUCUCUCCUUUUGAAUGUUUUAUAUGUACAUGCCUGCCAUUUGUGUCAGAUUUCGCGGGAAAUAUACUCUACUAUCCUACUCUACUAUUUUGAAACGAUUGCUUGUUUUAAGCAAGCCCAAUUAUUUAUUUCCCCACUGUUGUCACAGUCAACACAAAUACCGUAUGGGCUGUUUUAGGUGUCAUGUCUUAAUAUGCAUCUUAUUACGCUGAAUAAAGUCUUAAUAAGACACUUUAACAAGAGGAGCGUGUUUCUCUCAGCUGUCUCUUGUUUGAUAUACUUUAUGUUCGGUGGCCCACAGAUACCCAAAAUGGAAACUGUUUUCCAAACAAUGGGCUUUGCUGUUGUUUACAUUUUUUCUUCAUUAGUUCUCCAGGUGCCCUAUUUCAGCCUACCAAACUGUAAGUCCUGAAUGUCAGCAGUGAGAAAAGUGCAAUGUAAUGGAUUUGCUGUUAUGCCAAAAUAAAACACAUGAUGUCGGUCGUUC